GAUUACCGAAGCCACCCCCCACCCGCUACAAAUACCGCCUCCUCUCGCACCCUCCCACACCUCUCCCAGCUCCAGCUCCAGCAACCAGCAGUGGUGUAGCACAGGCAAGGUUGCAAGCGCGAGGCGAGCUGCCAAGGCGAAGGCAUAGGAACAGGGCUAGAAGCGAGAGGACCCCCACCCCCGUGGUUACUGACCAGAUGGCGGCGCUCAUGAGCCGGGUGUGGGCGGCGGCCACGGUGGCCGCUGUGCGGGCGCAGCGGGAGAGGGCGCCCUCCGCCGGGGCGCGGGACCGGCUGGCGGGGCUCGCCCCCCAGGCGGCCGCGCUGACCUGGGCGCGGGCGGCCGCUGGCGCCGCCGGCGACGGCCGCAGGCAGGCCGGCGCCGACGAGUCGCUCCGCAAGGCCAUGUACCUCAGCUGCUGGGGACCCUGCUGAGUGAGGAUAAGCCUUGUGGCUUGUGGGGCCCUAGGCCCAUGUGGGUUGGAUGCUCCAGGGCCGUUGGCUGCCAGUCAGCCAUGAACCAACCGUUGAGAUGUUUUUCGGGGUUCGGUGAUUGGGAUUUAACAUCUCUUCUGGGGAAUUCAUGGGAUCAGAGCUGGGAUGACUGUAAUGUGACUUGUACUUAUCCUUACUGUAAAUAUCUAUCUCAUGGGACUAAUUGGAGGGGGGGGAUCCAAUAAUCAAAACCGUUCGGCUCCCUUUUUA